AGCACAGGAAGUUGUGUCGGUCAUUGUUACUACCUUGACACAGAAGAAGAAGAAGUGGCAGGUUGGAGGCUGACAGAAUGACACUUUAAUAAAAUAAAGAAUAAGAAGCUGCUGCUGUGAUGGCUCUACAGGCUGAAGUUCUGUACGACUUCACAGCCGAACCAGGAAACAACGAGCUGUCGGUCAGACAGGGAGAGGCGGUCUCCGUGCUCGACCAGACUGUGGGUGGAGGCUGGAUCCAGGCCCAGAACUCCAGCGGACAAAUAGGACUCGUACCUGAAGAAUAUUUACAGGUUGGGGAUGGUGGCGGCUCCUGGGCCGGGGCUUUUGUCAGUGACAGUCGGGGAUUCGAAGCCGGUGAGGACGAUGACGGCGAGUGGGACGACGACUGGGACGACCAAUCGGUGGGUGGUUACCGUGGUGACGACCAAGCGAACGAGGAGGGAGGGGCUUCAGGACGGAGCACCCACGGGCCCUCUGUGAAGAUCUCCCUCAACAAGUUUCCGUUCUCCAAAGGUCCAAGCCCUGAGGUUUUCUUGUUGGCCAAACCUCCUGCUGACAGCAGAGACAGACUUCCUGUCUACAUGGGAGAGGUGGGUGCGGUGUGGCUCUAUCCGUCGGUUCCUCUCGACUGUUUGAUCGCCGAUCCGAAGAAAGAGUCCAAACUGUACGGACUGAAGAGCUUCAUUGAGUAUCAAGUUACUCCCAACACAACAAACAGACCUGUCAAUCAUCGCUACAAGCAUUUUGAUUGGUUGUACGAGCGUCUGCUGGAGAAGUUCGGCUCUGCUCUGCCAAUCCCGUCACUGCCCGACAAACAGGUGACAGGCAGGUUUGAGGUGGACUUCAUCAGGGGGAGGAUGGAGCAGCUGCAGGCCUGGAUGACCAGGAUGUGCCGUCACCCGGUCGUCUCUCAGAGCGACGUCUUUCAGCUCUUCCUCACCUUCAGAGACGAGAAGGAGUGGAAGGCGGGAAAGAGGAAGGCGGAAAGAGACGAGACGGUGGGACCGAUGAUGUUCAGCCUGAUUGACCCCGACGCCGCGGAGAGAGAGGCCACCGAGGUUGAACACAAGUGUGAGCUCUACAGUCGGUUUACAAAGUCGAUGGAUGACGGAGUCAAAGAGCUACUGGACGUCGGACACACACACUGGAAACGCUGCACCGGACCCCUGCCCAAAGAGUACGAGCGGAUCGGUCAAGCCUUCAGGAAUCUGUCAGCUGUUUUCAUCAGCAGCAAAUAUCCAGGAGAGGAGACGUUAACGAACGCUCUGACAGCAGCUGGACAAACCUACGAGCAGAUCGCAGAGAUCGUCACACAGCAGCCUCAGAAGGAUCUUCACUUCCUGUUGGAGACGAACAGCGAGUACAAGAACCUGCUGGGAUGUUUCCCAGAAAUCAUUGCUGUACACAAGGCUGCAGCAGAGAAGCUGAGGGACACUGAUCGUCUGAUUUCUGCAGGAAAAAUAAACAACAACGAGAAGAAAAUCAUGAACCAUCGACUGAGCUGCAUGAGCCACUCUCUGCAGGGUAACACCACAUAUACAUUAUCUGAGAUGAAUCAUUUCCAUAGUAACCGUAUCUAUGACUACAACAGAGUGAUGCAGCUUUACCUGGAGCAGCAGGUGACUUUCUACCAACAGAUUGCUGAUAAGCUGCGAGGAGCUCUGAGCCGCUUCAGCACGCUGUGAGGACAACGUCACCAUUAAUAAAAUAUAAGCCUGUUACACAUUAAUAUAAUUAUUAAUAUAAUUAUUUUGUUAAAACAUUUUAUUUCUAUUUUUCAUGUUGUCAUAAAAUAUUUAAUGUUUUAACUGUA